CCCAAUCAACACAAAUCCGCCCAGCCCAUUAUUUCCAAGACCCGACCCAGUAGCCUUUAAUUCCCAAAAUCCACUUUGUUCAACAGCAAACAAUACGAACCCUAAAAUCCUCUUCAGCGCCGCCCCAACGGUUCAGCUGAUAGUUGAAGGAUCUCGUGGAAAUGGCAACGUAUAUGUGGAGGAAAUAUGCAGACUAUGUCUACACUAAAUGGGAAAAGACGCUCCUCUGGGAUAUGGUAGAACCAUUUAGGAGACCAAAAUCGUUUACACCUCUUGUUUCAAUCUAUGUAUGUGCAUUUUAUACGGGGGUUAUUGGAGCAGCCAUCACUGAACAACUUUACAAGGAAAAAUACUGGGAAGAGCACCCUGGACAAGAAGUGCCUCUAAUGAAACCAAUGUUUUAUGGUGGCCCUUGGAGAGUAAUGAGAGGCGAUGUUCCUCCUAUGGGAAAGUUCGAACUCUGAGCUGCAGUAAAUUGGAUUGUUAUUAGGUAUCCAAUGUAAGCUCUAGGAGAAGGAAAGGUGCCACCUUAGUCUUUGGUUCAACAGCAAAGGUAGUACAAACAGGAUGUGUGGUAGGCGCACACUAGUUCGACUCUUACAAGUGGAACCAGCUCUAUAUAAGUGGAGAAGAGUAGAAGUUCGAGCCUGUUAUCCACCGAAUUUGGAACUGAUUAUUAAGAAAAGGAAAGUUGCCAUUAUUUUUUAAAUAUGUUGUGUAAUUAUACUCGAUCUAUCCUCUCUUGUAACGAUUAUAAUUUAAUUGCUCAAGGACAAAACUUUGUUAAACAAGGUACUUGAACAACUUCAUUUAUAAUAUGCCUCUCCCUUCACCA